AUGUCGUCAAGCUCCCUCACAAAGAAAGAAGCGCAACAGCAGCAAGUCCAGCAGCAAAAGCAAGACGCGCGCGAUGUAGAGACGCAAGAACAUCAUGCUAGUGCGAAUGCUUCGGCCGGCCUAAACUUGAACAUCCUCGGCGCGCUAUCCGGCGCAUUCAGUUCCAAGUCCAAGAAAACAACGCAUCAGAACGCCGAUGGGUCAUCACACACGGUGGAAGACAAGCAUGAUAAAGGCGUGGCAAACGGCGUCGCUCAAGGCCAGGGCAAUGCGUUCGCGGCAGCAAAUGCCCAGGAGCAUAGCUUGAAGGCGAAAGAGAGGGGCGUGGGACAGGAAGCGACGCAAGCGAAGACGCUCAAGGGAAAGAAGGAGGAGGUGAAUCAUUUGGGUCUUGAGAACUAA